AUGACACAAAUCCAAGGAAUACACACCAAUCUGUUGUUUAAAAGUUCGUAUAAAACUGAUUAUUUGUCUGAUCAUUUGCAAACAAGUUAUCGAUUUUAUAUUCCCAAUGAAGAAAAAUAUACAAAGCCAUUUAAUUCCUUCAAAGACAGACGUUUAACACGUAUAGCAAAUAAUACAGAUUGUAUUGUACAACUUUCAAAUUCGACUCACCUUCAUCGAGGACAAUAUAUGAGAAUGGUUUACAUAAUAGGUGAGAAUUGUAUGAACAUUGAGCUGUGUAUACGACGAAUUGAAGAAAGUUUCCCACAAUUUUAUGCAUUAGCACCAUUGGAAAAAUCAUUAAGUCAGUUAAAAGAACCAACGUUAAAAGAUGUAUAUCGAUACAACACUAAAGAGAAUAUUUCAGAUGGAAUUGAAACUACAGUAACAUAUUAUAAAUUAACAUUUUUUAUCUUAUCUAGUCAAUAUGCUGCAUAUUUGAAAUGGUGUAAAGGAAGAGUUCAUAGGAUGAUUGAAAAAAUGAACUGUCAUAUAGUUGUAUCUGGAAAAGACUACUCAGAUGUAGGCUUUGUAAGACGAUACGCCGUAAUACUUGGAUUAAAAAAACAAAAAGUUAUUUAUGCUUACAAAUUGUUUCACACAAGUUUUUUAGCAAAAUACUUGUAA